UGUGGGGUGACGUGCUAUAGGCGAGACCAACGCUUGCGAAAAGAGGACGGCAGCCGCGAUUGACCUUGCCGCUGACGCCAAGUAAAGAAGCGUCCAGAGAAAAACAUGGCCACUCCCGGGCUACCCGCCAUUCCACAAUUGUCAACCAGCUCGGGAAUGAGUUUGUCAAAAGAGCAUUUCCUGGUCGCAGUGCCUGUUGCGGUUGUUGCAGCCACAGGAGGCUUCCUGGUGAGCCGUUACCUGAGUGGGCGGAGUUGCAAAAAGGGCCCGGUGAACACGUGUAUCAACAAAGACAGUCCCAAAGUGGUUCACAGCUUUGACAUGGAGGACAUUGGCACCAAGGCUGUGUACUGCCGCUGUUGGAAGUCAAAGAAGUUCCCUUAUUGCGAUGGUGCCCAUAGCAAACAUAAUGAGGAAACUGGCGACAAUGUGGGCCCUCUCAUCAUCAAGAAGAGGGACGUUUGAGCCAACCAAUCCCAAUUUUGGUGCUCCCUUCUUCAUGCCUCCCCUGUUUGUCUGUAUGGCGUAAUGGCGUUGCAAGCACUGUUCACAGUAUCAUGUUGUCACAAAAAAACACAAAAUAGAAUCUGCUACCACAAUAACUGAGGUGAAAGUAUUUCUGGUACUAUGAAAUUAAUCAUUUGCAGAGAGAUGUUGAAUGGUCAGAGGUGUGGUGGUGUUAUGGUUUGUUUCUGAAGUCAUAUAAGGAAACACAAGGCCUUAAAUAAAUUCUGUUUCAAGAUACACUACAAAGAUGAAUGUUACAUAUUUUAUUUUAUGUGCUAAGUGCUUGACAUUUGUCUGACUUAAAUGAUCCUCCAUGGUUCUGAAAAAAUGCUGAUCAACUAUAAUCACUCACUGUGGCAACACUUUUAUGUGCUCAAAGCUAGACUCAACUUCCCCAAUGCUUCUUUUUCUUGAGUUUUUCUACUGUCCAAUUCCAGAUUGUAUUGUCUCCUCUUCUGUAUCAUGUGAAUAAAGUUUGCUUUUGGUGGGACUUUGA